ACUAGACACUAUAUAUCAAUUUGGUACCAAGACUUUAAUUUGAAUCGAUUUGAUAACAAACGUACGUACAAAUAUAUCAAUUUAGUACCAACAGUCAAAUUCUGACGACCGAAGCUGACGUGGCAUGCUGAGUAGGAAUUUUCCGGGUGUUUUGCCCGCUCAGCGUGUGCCACGUCAAUUAAUGACGCUGAGUGGCCCUGUCCACGCUUACACGGCCAUGUUGAUGCCUGUGUUCCCAACACGGGCUGGUGUUUAUGCCCGUGUUACUCUCUGUGGUCGUGCUCCCUAAAAGCUUCUUUUUCUUUGAUGUUUGAUGCAUCCAACACGGCCGUGUUGGGAACACGGUCACUGUUGAAACCAACACGGCCAUGUUCAGCUUUCUCACCCCCCACUGUCACACUUUUGGAUGACUACUGGUUAGUCUUGGACCAUAGUACCAAAUUAAACUCUCCAACUAAUAGCCAUUAAUAACCCACAAAAAGAAUUUCUUAAACAUCCCCAAUGUCUCUUUUUAUGCUUGAAGUUGAAUGAAUGCUUUAGUGGCGUGCUAGCCCGAACUACCAGUCAAUAUUGUCCUAAGAUUAUAGCUAAGUUAGAGAAGUCUAAAGAAUUCUGCUGGAUGUUCAGAACUGAGUGGUCAGGGGGGGAUAGGUUUCAGGUGGUUGGUCCUGGAGGGCAGUUUGUGGUUGACAUUAAGGACAAAACAUGUACUUGUAGGAGGUUUGAUUUAACUGGCAUACCAUGCUGCCAUGCAGUGUGUGCAAUAUGAUAUAAGCAUGAUAAUCCUGAGAAUUAUCCAGAUGAUUAUUACAAGGUCAGUACUUAUUUAAAAACAUACAGCCACUUGCUAAACCCUACUACUAGCUAUAAAUUUUGGCCAAGAGCCACAGCACCACAUGUGCUACCUCCUGCUCUAGUUCAACCAAAACAGAGAGGCAGAUCUAUUAUAAAGAGGAGAUUAGAAGAAGAUGAGAUGACUGUUGUACUACAGAAGGGCAAAGUAACCAAAAAAGGCUCAGUGAUAACUUGCACCAUUUGUGGAGCUAAAGGCCACAAUAAGAGAUACCAUGGUCAUGCCAAAUCUACAUCAAAACAGCCUAAGAUGAAAAAAUUACAAGUGCAAAAUGUAACUCCUUCACUGUCAAUCCAAACUGAGUUUGACAUACCUAGUCAUCUAGUAGAUCUAGAUGAUUUUAAUCUUCAUUGGACAAGUUUGUCCCAAACUAUUGCAGGAACACAAAGACCUCAUCAAAAUACAAGAAGCAUCAAUGAGUUGCUAAGUGAUAUUCCAACUCAAUCAAGUGGAGUGAAUGAAGACUCCCAGCCGGGUAAGAAGAAUGGCAAGGGCAAGACAGUGAAGAACAAGGGCAAGACAGUGAAGAACAAGGGCAACAAGCCAUUUCUGGCUCCUAGAUCUGCAUCUCUUUCAACAGCAUCAAAGAAAGCUUCUGGAUCUAAUCCUACUCCAUAUGAAAAUUUCGGAAAGCGGAAAGAUAAGGUGCAAACAACAACUAAGAAGGCUCGGAGGAAAGCAAAUGUUGAGACUGCAACCUCAAAGAAGAAGAAGCCUUGGAUGCCUGCUGGUCUUGGAGACAACAGCAAGCCUUAGCUAGGCAUUAUGAUUGUUUAAUACAUUAGGAACUUGUUUAUAUGUAGGAACUUUUAUUUUUUUCUUUUAGGACAGAUGGUGCUUUUGUGGUCCAUAAGACAGAUUUCACAUGCUUGUUUAUUGUGCUCAGUGUCAACACUGUUUUUUGAUGAGGACCAUAAAAUCUUUUAAUUAUUUUGUCAUGUUCUUGUGUUCCACACUUAAUACAAGUUGCUAUUUUGUAAUUACUUAAAGUGCACUACUUAAUACUUUUGCUUAGA